AUGUCUCAUCCAUUCUUAUCAGAGUUUGAUAUCAUUUUUGCUGGAGGCGGUACUACAGCUUGUGUUGUCGCAGGUCGUCUGGCCGAAUGUGAUCCCUCACUCAGGAUCUUAAUUCUAGAAGGGGGUCAACACACCCUCAAUAAAGCUGCCCAUGUUCAGCCCUACCAAUAUUUUACUCAUCAGGCGUCGUCGAGUACCACGAUGACAUUCAACGUUGGAAAUCCCACUUCGCGUCUCAAUGGCCGUGCUCCGAUCGUUCACUGCGCUCAUUGCGUUGGCGGAGGCUCAAGCGUGAACUUCAUGAAUUACACUCGUGCGCCUGCCUCAGAUUUUGAUGAUUGGGGAGUCGACGGUUGGGAAUCUAAGAACUUGAUUCCUCUCAUGAAGAAGCUGGAGACAUACGAGGUGCAAAGCGAUCGUCCAACUCACGGAUACAAUGGACCUAUCAAGGUGUCAUCUGGUGGGUGUCAACUAGAUAUCAGCGAAGAGUUCAUCCGUGUUGGCACGACGUAUCACAAGAGACCCUAUGUCGACGACUCCAAUGAUUUAGAAACUUGCAACGCAUACAGCCCGUGGUUCAAGUACAUUGACGGGACAACAGGACGACGUUCCGACGCGGCCCACCACUAUGUCUACAACCAAGCUCACAACCCGAAUUUACAAAUCUGGGUCGGUAAGCGCGUGAAGCGCGUAAUCUUCGAGGGCAAGCGCGCUGUAGGUGUUGAGUUCACCAACGACCCAGUAUCUUGCCCGGACACGGAUCAGUCGUCAGACUUUGUGAGAGCAUCAAAGCUCGUUGUUGUCUCUGCUGGGGCAUUCGGUUCGCCAGCCAUUCUAGAGAGGUCUGGGAUCGGUGCCGAGGCAGUCCUCAAGCAGUGCAGUAUCGAGCAACUGGUGAACUUACCUGGCGUCGGAGAAAAUUAUCGAGAUCAUAAUGGCGCCUUCGUUCCAUACUUUGCUGCUGAUGGAGCUGUUACCAUGGACCCCCUCUGGCGCGGGGAGGAAAGUGUUGUACAGGAAAACCUUGCUCAAUGGAAAAGUAAUGGCAAGUCACUCAUCGCACAGAAUGGGAGCGAUGCAAUGAUCAAAUGGCGUCCUGACGACGACGAGCUGAAAGCCAUGGGUUCGGCCUUUCAACCCCGGUGGAAGGAGUUCUUCCAGGACCGCCCGGACAAGGCUGUUGCAAUAUUCACUAUCUUUGCGGGAUACCUUGGGUCAAGUGGCCUUCCUCCUCGUAACUAUGUGACUGCCGAAAUUAUCACACUUUACCCUGUAUCUGUCGGCAGUGUUCAUAUCAAAUUGGGAGAGAACGGCAAGGAAGCAAUCGACUUCACUGCAGGCUAUUUAGAUGAUCCGUCCGAUAUUGUGCCUCUUAACUUUGGGUACAAAAAGCUUCGCGAAAUCUAUCGACGCAUGUCUUCCUACCGAGGUGAAAUUCCCGCCUUCCAUCCUCGUUUCCCAGAGGGAAGUGCUGCAGUCUGUGGAGAAGCGACCGGGCCAGUGGAAUUGAAUGCGCCCGACAUCAUCUACACUGCAGAAGAUGACAAGGUGAUCGAACAAUUUCACCGUGACAACAUGCAAACGACAUGGCACUCGCUCGGGACGUGCGCCAUGAAGCCGAGGACAGAUCAAGGAGUCGUCGACGCUCGGCUCAACGUGUACGGCGUGACGAACCUGAAGGUUGCGGAUUUAUCUAUCGCGCCGAAGAAUGUUGGCACGAACACUUAUUUCAACGGCGCUCCUCAUUGGAGAGAAGGCUGCGAUGCUCAUUGCAGAAGACUUGGGUAUUGAUUGCAGACCAUGAACGUCGGUGUGGGGAAAUUGUCUUUGAUGUGCAUCUUCGGAGUGAUUGGGAAUAUGUGUUUGGCGUUUACAUUUCGUGGCCCGUUAGUUUCCAUCAAUUUGUUCCUUCGUAUGAAGCCCCAUAACGUUCUUUCAUCAAUGCAUUCCGGUCGUGCACACAACCUGGACACCCGAAAGACCGGCAGUGAGG